CUACUAGCCACCGGUCGGCUACUCCAGCAAGAGUCCAAAUAAAACUAAAUGUAACAAGGCUUUCGAACACCCUGUCAGGAUGCGAGUCAUAGGCCUCACAGGCUCGAUCGCCACAGGCAAAUCGACAUGUUCUCAGACGCUCUCCAGCCCGCCCUACUCGCUCCCCUUGAUCGAUGCGGACCUCCUCGCACGCAAAGCCGUCGAACCAGGCACGUGGGGUUACCGGCGCAUCGUCGCGACCUUUGGCCCGACGACCCCCGACCUCCUACUGCCCGCCUCUGACCCUCAAUGUGGCGGGAAGGAAGACGGGCCUGCGGGGAAAGGUAGACCAUUGAACAGACCUGCCUUGGGCAGACGAGUGUUCGGCAACGGCGAGGAGAGAGUGGCGGACAGGAAGAAGCUCAACGCCAUCGUACAUCCUGCCGUGCGGUUCUACAUGGCACGCGCUAUGCUAUAUUACUACCUCUUGGGCCAUUGGGCGGUGGUGCUUGAUGUUCCUCUCCUCUUCGAGUCAGGAUUGGACAUCUUCUGCAGCACCGUCGUCGUCGUGGCCGUGUCAGACCCCAAGAUACAGAUGCAGCGUCUGAGAGAACGAGAUCCACAUUUGUCCCCGGAGGACGCUGAGAACAGGGUGAAGAGCCAGGUAGACGUGCGCGAGAAGGCGACAAGAUGUGAGUACCGGAACAACGGGAACAAAACAGCAAACAAGGGAUACGUGCUGUACAACGAUGGUACCAGGGACGACUUGAAUCUUCAGAUUGCGACCGUUAUGGGGAAGAUUCGCUCAAAAAGCCCUCGAUGGUGGAGUCUUUUGCUUCUGAUUUGCCCUCCACUAAUGGCAACUGUAGCCUCCUGGGAGGUUCUGCGGAACUGGUGGCUGCGCAAGAAGACAAUUCAAGAGAGAGGAGCAGAGCUAGCGAAGACGAAAGUGUGAAGUGGUUUAAAUCCUUACUCAGACAUAGAUGAUUCGAGAACCUCCCGUGUCAAAAGCAGAAUUCUUGCCGGAAGAUACCACAUCUAUUACUCCAGAUACAAAGGCCAUCUUGAAUCUAACCACCAUAAUCCAGUAGCGAUGGCAAACCCACAUGCCAUGCGCAUCGCCUCUACAACAAAUUAUCAAACUCCGGAUUGACCCAGAAGGGCGUACCGGUUUUAGAUCUUAUCGUCGGACCAUACUUGUGCAGCAAUCCAAAUACAGGCAUGGCUCCGAAGAACACGAUAAUGCCCUGGGCCGCGAAGCACCAGGUCCAGCCUGAACCAGCUUGCCAGGGAGCUAUAAAGAACUAUGAAAAUGAUAAGUCAGAAUAUGUGGUUCGUAAACGAAGGAAGACGAGGUGGUGGACAUACCGGAUCGAUAAAUGCCGACAGGUUGAGCAAAACGGCAUAGAAAGUGACCAUGCUCAUGCUUUGCAAUGGAUAGCAAUCCACGAUAUAAGCACAAACGACUGUAUUGCCCAUCUGAAUACCCGCUGCGAACAAGAAGAAAGCAACUUGCCCGACUAUCCAGUGGUAACCAUUAUCGACACUGAUACCCCAUACGAUCAAGCCAAUCGAGCUGAGCAGGCCGGCCGGAUAAAUAAGCCAGAGACGCAUCUCAGGCACGCGGACGCCGCCAUUGCGUUUAGCUAGACGAGAGCAGACGAUAUCGCUGAGGUAGCCCCCUAGGAAGACUUCGGCAAAGAGAGUACCGAGGAGAAGGCCAAUAAAUAGGAGACCCUGGAUCUGCGGCUUGUAAUUGGGAUACGCAGCUGGUAGCAUGGUGAUGACGCUAAGUAUCCACCAAUACCACAAGAAGCAGUAUGCGAAGACGGGGAGGAAUGCCGCCAUAAAUCUGAAGGUCAACACGAAACGAAGCGUUGCGUCGUAGAUCGCUGGAUGCCGCAUACCCGGGAGCGGCUUGUGAUUGAAAUAUGGAAGCUUCUUGGUGCGAGGAAGAGCGACGGUUGCAGCGUCGCUCCGUCUGCGAGCAACUUUCUCGAUGUCCACGCCUGAUUCCUCGGAUUCGGUAGCCAUAGGGAGCCGAGACAGCAUAUGGUUUCGGGGGUAGAGUGUCUCGGGCAUGAAUAAAACCUCAAGGAUAAGCAACACCCCGAAGAAGAUGGCAGUCAACCAUUGGACCCAUGCAGGGGAGACGAUGUUCAUGAAGCCACCGAUUAUUGGACCAACAAGCAGGCCGCUGUCAAUGGCUAGAACCCAUAACCCAGUUUUCUGGCCUCUUUGGUGCUCGUAGAACAUGUCGUUGAUGGCAGCAAGCCCCACUGUGGAAGCUGGAGAAACCCCAAAGCCUUGGAAGAAACGCGCAGCCAUAUAGCCUCCAUAAUUUGGUGCUUUGGCAGCGCCGAUGGUGGCAGCAAGUGCCAUCAAGGUUCCAAAGAUGAAGACAAUUCGACGGCCAAAGAUAUCGGCGAGGGAUGAGAAGAUUAGAGGACCAACAGCGAGCCCGAGUGCAGGAAUUGCGACCGUCCAGUUGACUUGCGAAUAGGAGAUGUUGAACUGUUCCUGCAGUUCUGGAAAGCUGGCGACCGUUGUUGUGGUCAGGUAGGUGAAUAAGAAGUACCUGCGCGCCGUUAGAACACUGCGAUCACAGCUGUGGGGCAAGAUGUUGCGACGAACUUCAACAUAAUGAUGGCAAGAAUGGAAUGCUUUUGAAAGCUGCUCCAAUUGAGAGGGUCCAGAGGGUCACUUGUCGGUUGUGGGUGAAGACGGAUGCCAUCUUUCAUCACCAGAUGUUCUGCUGCGGGCGGAAACGGUGCCAUAGUACUCUGGUCGACCUGCACGGGCAUCGGGGAUUGAAGAACCUGAUCAUCUUCAGGGAGCAGUUCUGAUUUCUUCUCCUCCAUGGUAUUCGUUAUUACCGCAAGGAUUGCAAAGUGAUUCGGUUAAGAGAUGGACAAAGGCUGUUUAAAAGCAAGAGGACUGCGCAACUGAAGGGACAGGCAGGAAGUAUAGAAAUCAGCUCAGGCCUGGUAGAUCAGCAUAUGGAGACAAGUGUCUGAUAAACGUGGAGGGACGCCCACCAAGCGGGCUGGUAAUCAACCACGAGACGCAAGAUACAGACCGAUCACAAAAUCCAUUACGAUACAGCUCUGACAAGCUUCUUGCUUGCAUCAGAAUGGGACCAAGUACAUGAUAUCAGCACGACAGGAGAUCCUGCUCCAUCAUAGUGCCUGGGCAACAAUUUGAUGGACGAAUAUGAGGGCAUCAAUGCAAGGCUGGCGUAGCUUGGAUCUGCCAUAGUGCCUGCUAGAGAUCGAUCCUGGGCGGAUGGACAAGGGUAGCGAUUGCCAUUUGAUUCGAGAAUUUGUCCUGUUAGGAGCUCGUUGACGGCUCUGAUAGGGCUGUGAUAAGGAGGAGGAAUCGGAUGGCGUUUGAUCUUGCGGCAGGGAGAAGUCGAGUCUCGGUAGUGCUUCAUACACAGCACGGAGGAGUCCACAAGUCUCUACUGUACUAGGUAGGUACCUAAGGUAAGGUACUCGUAUCUACCUGACCUUAUGGAAGCAGACGAAGGAUACCCCAAGCCUCAAUACGGUAAUUUUCGCCAAAGCACCGACUUUUGGCUGUACGGAUAUGUUUUUCGUAUUGCGGAUUACCGGUAAUGUAUAUUACGAGCAAAGAUGAAUAACUAGAGAGAUAAGAAAAACAACAACCCACUCUUCCAUUGGAUGU